CGGGCCUCGGAGGCGUAGGAAGUGCUUCCUGGAGCACGGAAGAGGUCACAAAUCAUGUGACGACGGCUUUUGGAGGAGACUGUUUUUGAAGCUGUCCCUGAAUUUGCAGCUGAGAGAACACGGCAACCCAGCAAACCAGGAGUGGAGAUUGAUCCUGCGGGAGAAAGGGGUUCAUCAUGGCGGAUGACCUGAAGCGAUUCCUGUAUAAAAAAUUACCAAGUGUUGAAGGGCUCCAUGCUAUCGUUGUGUCAGAUAGAGAUGGAGUGCCUGUUAUUAAAGUGGCCAAUGAUAAUGCUCCAGAACAUGCUUUGAGACCUGGUUUCUUAUCUACUUUUGCCCUGGCAACAGAUCAAGGGAGCAAACUUGGACUUUCAAAAAAUAAAAGUAUCAUCUGUUACUAUAACACCUACCAGGUGGUUCAAUUCAAUCGUUUACCUUUGGUGGUGAGUUUCAUAGCCAGCAGCAAUGCCAAUACAGGACUCAUUGUCAGCCUAGAAAAGGAACUUGCUCCAUUAUUCGAAGAAUUGAGACAAGUUGUGGAAGUUUCUUAAUCUGGCAGUGGUUUUGAUGUACACCUGAUUUUCAUUAUAACAGACACAGUAUCAAUCCAGCAAUCUUUAGACACAACAAUACUUAUAUCCAUAUACUCAAGAAAGGGCCCCUUUCCCACCUUCUGCCACUAAAGAAAGAGCCUAGAGAUACAAUUUAUGGACAGAUUGAUUGUUAUCUUUUCUUGUGUAGGGUCUUAAUUUAGUGAGAUCUGGGGAUAGCACAGAAAUGGUUCAAUACAUCACAGCUCCCAUGGAGUUAGUCCAGUCACCAGAUAUGCAUGAGAUUCUAUUCAUUGGGUCAGAAUCAAAAUGGUACUUUGAUCCACUGGAGCCAUUAAGUGCUCCCUAUUGUAUAAUAUGCCCAGGCCUGCAGAAUGAAGCAGACCCUUUUUAUUGUGAAUAAUAAUGAGGACAUAUUUUUCUUUAUAUUGUUUUAUUUCUUUGCAUUGAGUGUGAGGAAGAUAAAAUGGCUUAGUAAAAGUAAUAAAAUCCGUACAAUCACUAACUUUUCUAUGUAUAUAUUAUUUUGCAAUAUAGAUGAAUAUUACUAACUGAUUUGAUUCUUCUCAGAGGGUGCUGCUCUUUAAUGAAAAUGAAAAUGAUAGCUAAUGUUUUUUUUUUUCUCCACUCUGCUUUCUAUAACCAAUCAGUGUUUUAAUGUUUGUGUGUUCUUUAUAAAAUUUAAAAGUGAUUCAUUAUUGAAUUGUUUCCAGUAUUGGUGUGUAUGUAAACAUGGUAGUGCAGCCACUUUUUUUCAUACAUGAGUAUAAAUAAAAUAGUAUUUUUUAAAGUA